CGAGAAACUUUAAGAGAAAGUUGUUAUUUUAUUUUCAUGUACAUAUCAGAUCCAAUUCCAAAAUUUAAUUUACAAUAUAUUAAAUCUACAAAAUUUUUAAGGUUUACAAUUUGCAAACAGUAUUUUAAUAAGAAAUUUUCACAAAAUAAUAAUGGCAAGAUAUUUUAAGGAACAAGAUAUCGAUGAAUUUCGUGAAUGCUUUUAUUUAUUUGCACGUUCUGGUCAAAUAACAUCUUUAGAUGAAUUAACUGUUAUUAUGAGAUCUUUAGGAUUAUCACCAACAAUACAAGAAUUAACGCAUUAUUUAAAAUCUAAAAAUGGUAAAAUGAGUUUUGCUGAUUUUUUAGAAAUAAUGCAUCAGCAUUCAAAAGUUGAAAAUUUACCAGAUGAAAUUAUAGCUGCUUUUAAAGCUGCUGAUACAGAAAAUCGUGGUACUAUAUCAGCAAGACAAUUACGUCAUUUAUUACAGAAAUGGGGUGAAGGAUUAUCAGUUAGAGAAAUUGAUAACAUAUUCAGAGAGGCAAAUGUUAGUAAUAAUGGUACAAUACGUUAUUCGGAUUUUGUUAAAAUAGCUUGUGCACCAGUUCCAGAUUAUUAUUAAAAAGUGAUAAUUAUACAUACAAAUUUUUGUAUAUGUAUAUAACUAGCUAUGAACAGAUUUCUUUUGAUUUUAAAUAAUAAUAUUAUUUAUUAUGUACAUUCUAUAAAUAAUUGGAAAUAUUAUUGUAAUAUAAAUUAAUAAGAUUAUA